AUGUACCUGACAAGUGCUUGUGGGUAUCUUCUCUUCAGUAUAGCAAAUUUUGUCUUGAACUUGCAGAUAUUGGCUCUCUCUGUUAUUAUGCUCCUUUUUGAAGCAGGAAUGUCCUUAGGCUUGGAGAAUCAGAUCUUCCAAUACAUUGAUCUUCAUCAAAAUGAAUUUAUUCAGACCCUUAAGGAAUGGGUAGCAGUGGAAAGUGAUUCUAUUCAGCCAGAGCUAAGACAAGAAGUAACACGAAUGGUGGAAUUAACAGCAGACAGGCUUCGAGCUAUGGGAGCCACUGUUGAGUUAGUGAAGUUGGGCUCCCACAAGCUGCCUGAUGGCGAGAGCCUUCCGUUGCCUCCUCUAACUCUAGCAGAACUUGGUAAAGAUCCACAAAAACCCACUGUAUGUUUCUAUGGACAUGUGGAUGUACAACCUGCCAAAAAAGAAGAUGGAUGGAAAACUGACCCCUACACACUGACUGAAAUUGAUGGAAAUCUUUAUGGGCGUGGAGCAACAGAUAACAAAGGACCUGUCUUGGCCUGGAUAAAUGCAGUGGAAUCAUUCAGAGCACUAAAAUUAGUAGGUAGUAAAGAGAAACAUUUGUAUUCCAGUGACACUGCAGGAGUUAAUUUCAGUCGUUACCUUUAUUUCACACAGGUACAGUGUGGGGAGAGAGAUCUUCAUUCAGGAAGUUUUGGAGGCAUCAUUCAUGAACCAAUGACUGAUCUAAUAGCUCUGCUUGAUAGCCUUGUGGAUACAUCAGGUCGUAUUUUGAUCCCUGGAGUCUAUGAUGAUGUUGCUUCCCUUACGGAAGAGGAGAAGAAGUUGUAUGAAGCAAUUGAAUUUGAUCUAGAGGAAUAUAAAAAUAAUAGUGGUGUGAAAAAAUUCCUAUAUGACACUAAGGAGGAAAUACUUAGUCACCUGUGGCGUUACCCCUCUCUCUCUAUUCAUGGGAUUGAAGGAGCUUUUCAUGAACCAGGAAUAAAAACAGUUAUACCCGCAAGAGUAAUAGGAAAAUUUUCAAUCCGGCAAGUCCCUCACAUGGACAUUUCAGUCGGAGAACAUCAGGUGAUAAAAUAUUUAGAGGAUGUUUUCUCUAAGAGAAACAGCCCAAACAAACUGAAGGUGUCUGUACCAAUAAGUGCAAUGCCAUGGGUUGCUGACAUAAAUGAUCCUCUUUAUACAGCAGCAAGAAUGGCAAUCAAAACAGUUUUUGGACAAAAUCCAGAAAUGAUCCGGGAUGGCGCAACAAUUCCGAUUGCCCAAAUGUUCCAGAAUAUAACAAGGAAGAGUGUGAUGAUGCUUCCAAUUGGAGCAGCUGAUGAUGCGGAGCAUUCCCAAAAAGAGAAAAUAAGCAG